GUUUGUGACCACCAGAACUCCACCGGCACCGCGUUACACGAGCAGUCGGUUCGUACGGGUCUUCGCGUUGGUUCUUACGUUGGUUGUUGUUGCGCGUCCGCGUGCAAAGUGUGUGCUUCGAGCGUCUGAGUAAAUACCGUUAACGUUCGUAUCUUCUUCCUAGCGCGUGUCUUUUAUAGCAGAAAUGAUGUAAACUUGUUUCUCGACAUGUAAUCAGAAAAAUAAAAGUAAACUACAGGCAUACCAAUUAACACAUUUACAAUUUGUAUCAAAGUUUGAAGAUGCGCACACGAUGGAAGGACAUUUUUCUAGCUCUGAUGAUAAUAUCUAUCAACUCAAGUCAUGCCGCUACUAUGUCAUGCGAAGACUUUCAGAAUGAGUUUCGGUAUCCGUGUACUUGUGAAGAAUUUCGUCCAAUUGGGGGUUUAGCAAUAAAUUGUGAUGGCGUUGUAUUUUCCGGAGAUAAUUUUGUCGUGCCUAAAGAUGCACCUAUUUUAGUUUUUACUCAAAAAAAUGCUGGUCAUCAUUCAAUUCCCUCACAAUUAUUUCCAUCCAGUGUAAAAAUAGAUUUAUCACAAAAUUCAAUAAGAAGGUUACCUGAAAAAUCUUUCAUAGAAGUAAAAAAUUCUUUAGAAGAUUUGCGCUUAGCUAAUAAUCUAUUGGGCGAUAACUUAAAUCCAAUUUUUUCAACAACCGAAUUUCAUGAGCUAUCCAAAUUAAUACGCCUUGAUCUCAGCGAAAACAGAAUAUCUUCUUUAGAAGAAGGUAUUCUUAAAGGCUGUAUUCGUUUAGAAGAACUCAAAUUGAAUGGAAACAGGCUUGAAUUUGUACCUAGUUCCUCCCUAAACGGACCACAAUCAUUGCGUACUCUUUCACUAAAAAAUAAUAGAAUAGAAAGGGUUCAUCAUGGAUCAUUCUUAUCACAAAAAACUUUACUUAUCAUUGAUUUAUCUUCUAAUCGAGUAAACAACAUUGAAAUCGGUGCUUUUGAAGGAUUAUCUUCAAUUAAACAAAUUUUACUUUCAGAAAAUCGCUUAACUAAAUUUAACAGUGAUGUAUUUCAAGGUGCUGAAAAAUUAGAAAAAUUAGAUGUUUCAAAUAACUUUAUUGCUGAAUUUCCGACGGUUUCCCUAAAGCGAUUCGAUCAUUUAAAAAUAUUGAAUUUGUCUUCAAAUCUUUUACAAAAAUUAGAUAAUUCUCACCUUACUACGACUUUGGAGGUAUUAGACGUGAGCAGAAACAACAUAGGAAUUAUUUCACCAGGAACAUUCAUGAGCUUAAAAAAAUUGAAAGUCCUUAAUUUGUCAGUGAAUAUGUUGAGAAAUAUUGAAGAUGAUGCUUUUGAUGGUCUGGCGAAUUUGGAAUCGUUGUCUUUAGAAGACAAUAAUAUUUUACUAAUACCAGUAACUGCAUUAAAUAAGUUACCACGAUUAAGUAAGUUGCGUCUGGAUUAUAAUAGGAUUGCUGCAUUGUCAUCUAGCAUUCUCCGGGGAAUGGCUGAUAUGCUAACUGAACUGGGACUUAGUAGGAAUGUUAUAAGAGAACUACCAUCAGAUGUUUUCCAGGACUUCAAAAAACUCAAAGUGCUUGAUUUAGGUGGAAAUUUAUUGUUAUCUAUUGAGCCGACAAUGUUUUCUGGAUUAGAAAAUACUUUGGAAUUUCUGAAUCUUCAAGGAAAUAGAAUUGCUACCAUUUCGCCAGAUCCAAUAAAUUUACAAUCACUAAAAUCGUUAGAUUUAUCUUUCAAUCAACUAAAAGAAAUACCACGUCAUACUUUCAUGAUGAUGUCAUCUCUUUUAAAUUUAAAUUUAAGUCACAAUCCACACUUAGGUUUAAUACCAGUUAGUGUAUUCCAUCCUUUAAGUCAGUUACAAAAACUUGAUCUUAGUUUUACUAAUAUAAAAAUAUUGAGCCCUGAAUUAUUUUUCAAAACUAAUUCUCUGACUCACCUUAAUAUACGUUGUAAUGGAAUUACAGAAAUUCCCGAAACUAUGUUUCAAACCUUAUCAAAUUUAAUUUGGUUAGACGUUUCAGAAAAUCAAAUAGCGAACAUCCGUAUUGGUUCAUUUGCUGGUUUAUCAUCCAUUAAAUAUAUUAACUUAUCUAAGAACAAAUUGUCAUCAUUUAAAGGAGAAUAUUUCAUUACAAAACGAAGUAGUGGAACUUCAUUAGAAGAAAUAGACAUGUCAAACAACCAAAUCAGCUAUUUGUUUCCAUCAACGUUUAAAGUUCAUCCAUCAAUAAAAAGUAUUCGUCUUUCCAACAACAAAUUUAAUUAUUUUCCUUCUGAACUGAUUUCUGGAUUAGCAUAUCUACAAGAAAUAGAUUUGAGUAAAAAUAGUCUUAAGGCUUUAGAAGAAUUUGAUUUCGCAGGUUUGCCAAAUUUCAGAGAACUUAAUUUAGCAGAAAAUCAAAUUGAUACCAUUAGCGAAACAACAUUUCAUAACUCCACUCAAUUACAAACAAUAAACUUAGCAAAUAAUAAUCUGGAACGUAUUGGAGAAAGAACUUUCCAGGGCUUAAACAGACUUCAUUACUUAAGUCUUGAGAAUAAUAAUCUCACUGAACUACCAGAUUUAAUCUUUGAUCGUUCACGAUUAAAAGUGUUAGAAAAUAUUAAUUUAUCGAAAAACAAAUUUACUACAGCCCCACUAAAAAGUUUACAAAAGCAAUAUUUCUUUUUAUCAUCUGUUGAUCUAUCUUCAAAUAAAUUGAUUGAUUUACAAACUGAUGACAGCAUUUUAGUAAACAUUAAGAAAUUAGAUUUAUCGUUCAAUCCGCUCUCGGAAUCAGCUGUUAAAAAUAUUCUUAGUGAACCCAAAACAGUAAGGGAAUUGAAUGUAGCCGGUACUGGUAUUAGAUCAUUAUUAGCACUCGAAACUCCAUUUUUACAAAAGCUUAAUUUGUCAUUUAAUUCAAUUGAUGAUGUAGAUGAACAUAUGUUCGAUCGGGCAACGCUCAUUGAAGAGCUUGACUUAUCUCACAACGAGCUCCAAAGUUUAGCCUCCCUCAAGGCUGUUUGGCCCAAGCUUAAAAAUAUUCAGUCAGUUGAUUUAUCGUGGAAUCCAAUUACAAGUAUAGUUUUGGGAGAUAUUGAUGGACUAAGUUCAUUGCGAUCAUUACGUAUAAGCAAUUUAUUUGAGUGUAACAAAAUAGAAAAAAAUGCGUUUAAAAAUCUAGGUAAUUUAGUGGAAUUAAAAAUGUUUGACUUACCAAAACUAGGUUAUUUGGAUGUCACAGGCCUUCUAAAUAACUUACACUCCCUAGAAAUACUUGAUAUUGAAGUAAAAGAUUCAUCAAUAGGUACUCAAUUGUCAGCUGCUAUGAAUCCUAGACUCAAGUCUUUAGCAAUCCAGGGCCAAAUGAUUAACACUAUUUCUUCGGGAGCUCUAGCGGGAUUGAAAUCACAAAUAGUACAAAUAAAAAUUCAUAAUACUUCACUUACUAAUCUACCUCCGUCACUGCUCAUACCGUUACCGAGAUCGUCUGAAGUCCAACUAGACGUUUCUAGCAAUCAACUAACUACAUUGUCAUCGCAAUUUUUGUCAGCAUUAGAUGAUAGAAGAAGCUUGCUUAAAUUCCAUGGUUUAAAAUCUAACCCUAUAUAUUGUGAUUGCAAUGUUAGGGCACUAAGAAGAUCGCCUCUUGCCAUAGAUUUAGUAUGUUCAGCGCCAGCCUUUGUUGCUGGGAGUAUAUUGAUUGAAAUUCCUGACGAUGACCUAACUUGUGAUAUCAGUCGGCAAACAACUACGACUAUGGCAACAUCUACAUUGCUCAUGACUUCUACGACUAAUAACCCAGUGACAAUCGUUAAAGCACCGAAAGUUCCAAUGAGAACAACAACUGAACCAGAUAUUAUAUGGUCAUUACCUCCAGCAACUACGUCUAAUCAAAAGCCUCCAUUAACUAUGAAAUCGCCUAAUUUGGCAUCAGUCACAACAAUAGCAAAUGACGAUACUCUAAUUAUUGGAAUCGUUGCUGGUGUGGUAGUAUUUAUUGCUAUAUUGAUAAUUAUCAUUUGCAUUGUUCGUAUUAGAUUAUCUGCAGCUGAAUACAAUUCUCACAUGAAUGCUUUGCCUCCUGUUUUAGGUGCCUCUUUGCAUUGCACUAAUCCUUCUUGUCCGUGUCCUAAAAUAGCAGGUCAAAUGUACCCAAUGUCAGCUGCAUCUUAUAGCAAUAGUUACGCUACGCUACCUACGCAUAAGUUAUCAUCUGUAUCAUCUCCUUUGCGACAAUCAUAUAAUAACCUAGCUGGUCCCCCAUACACUCAUAACCCUUAUUAUAUACCUUAUACAACUGAUGAAAAAGAAUACGCCAUGAGUAUGAGAUAGCCAUCAAUUUAACGGCCAAUAUCAAUUACAAAAGAAUUUAAUUAUAUGUAAAUAAACAUAGUCAAGAAUUGAGGUGAUCACAAAAAAUCAAAACAAUAUAUUUAUUGUUGUUAUCUAAUGACAGUUUUGUUUUUAUCCCUAUUAUCUUGCCAUUUCAUUAAUUUAUAUUAUGAAAAACAUUUAUAUCGCAUACUAAAUAAAAUAUUUACAUGAUACCUUAGUACCUAAAUAUUAUAAGAUUUUCUGAGAAAUGUAACAUAAUUAUUUUUAGUUAGUUUUGUUUAUAAGCCUUAACCGUUGAAAUUUUUCUUUUUGAUAAGCAUCUAUGUACAUCAGUGAACUUAUUGCUCAAUAGGUAUAGAACCUUCAUUUUUUUUCUUUAAAUAUUAAAACUAAAUAUUAACUCAUACAAUUAUUUUGAAUUAAAUUUAAAAAAAAUUAUUUUGAUACUUUUUCAUUUUUGUUAGAUAAUUUAUAAAUAAAUGAAUAUUUUGUAAGUAAAAAACAUCAUUGUCCAAGAUUACAUAUCAUUACUGAUAGUUUGUUAUACAUUUCAAAGGACUGUUGUAUAUUUUUAUUAAUUAAAUUAUUAAUUCAAAAGCUCCUUGGAAAAA